AUGCACUCUCUACCGAUGUCAAACCUCCACACGACAGACAAUAUGCACUCUCUACCGAUGUCAAACCUCCACACGACAGACAAUUCUAAAAAAGGUUCUCACAGUGGCACGAAUAGUCAGAAGUCUAAGAAUUCGCAGAAUAAAAGCAUUUCAGGUAAGCACACGAAGAAGAAUAGCAAAACCAUUAGUUCAGUGAGAGCAAGCAAAUUUGACCCGAAAGAUACUCAGCAACGUCAUGAUGAAGUUAAUCAGUGUUUCCAUGUCUUGAGCAACAAAAGUAUAAAACUUUUCAAGAAAGGUCCACAUAUGACCUCUUAUGGUUUAUCACUCGAUAUCAGAAUUCCAGAUCGUCUAAGAGCCAAAUUUACAUUGAAUGUGCCGCACGAAUAUCCCAAUGCACCUAUCAAAUUGCAUUACAAAAGGAAUGAAUCCAGCGAAGAUCAUUCACGAGAAGAGUUACUACAAUUAGUGGUUAAAAAUUUCAACAUCAAAGCCCGUGAUCUGUUACUGCAGAAGAUACCCAUAAUUUCACAACUGAACUACCUAGUAUAUAGGGCGGACGUACUUGCGAUGCCCGAUUUCAGACAGACAAACCAACGAGAACGGAUUUUUUAUGCCGCUUUUGCGACAGACUCAUGUACGGCUACUACUCCUUGA